AUGGACACAGGAGUUGGUGGAAAGAGCAGGCGUCACAAUUUCGGAGGAGGGCUGUGCGAGGGUUCGCGUCACUAUUGCCCAAUUUUGAAUUUAAGAGCGGCGGCAGGGAGCAAGGGAUACUGUAUUCCUUGCAACCUGCCUUAUCGUCCAGAACGAGGAGUUCAUCGAUGCUCGCAUAAAUGUCUGCGUUGUCGCGGUGUGCCGUCGUGCAAAACAGAAAAAGUAGAAUUAAUUCAAUGCAAGCAAUGUAAGGGAAUGUUUUACGGGCGCGAGUGUUUUGAGCGUCACCGAGCCGAAAAAUCGUACGGAGACGGUCGCGUGAGCGUGUGCAGCGCCUUGCAAUUUUGUGACGAUUGCGGGCGUUUGUACAGAACAGCGAGUGCGAGGCACGAAUGCGGCGUCGUGUUUUGUAACAUUUGCAGUUUGCGUCAAGAUGAUGAGACGCUCAAAGAUACAGCGUCUGUGAAAAUUCACGUACCCACUCUUUGCGUCGCACAGCAGAUUUGCGUCGCGUGUGCGGGCGAGGACGACAUGACGGUAUGUUGCCGGUGGUGCGGUGUGCGCGAAUUCGUGUUCCGCGAUGAUCCGGUGAGGCAAUUUGUCGAUUUUGUUACGAGAACGACGAAAUGUUUCAAGCAGAUUAUCUGCAUCGCGCACAACGCCAAGGCGUUCGACGCGCAGUUCAUUCUUCGUUACAUCACGGAAAAACGUGGCGAUUUGGAUCCACAAGUAAUAUUAAACGGGACGAAGAUCGUCGUAUUAACGGCCGGGCGUACAAAAUUUAUUGACAGUAUCAACUAUAUGCCGAUGCGUUUGUCAGCUCUGCCGCAAACUUUCGGUUUGCGGGGUAGGGUGGAAAAGGGAUAUUUUCCGCAUUUAUUUAACACACUCGCGAAUCAGUCGUACGUCGGUCCGUUACCAGCCGUUGAAUGUUACUCGCCGGAUAGUAUGUCUAGCAAAGAACGCGAACGUUUUUUGUCGUGGCACGCAGAACAGAUGCGCAAAGACGCAGUUUUUGACUUUCAACGCGAGAUAGUGCGUUAUUGUCGUAACGACGUUGAUAUCUUGCGGCGAGCGUCCAUUGCUUUCCGCAAGAUAUUUCUCGAGCGCGGAAACGUAUGUCCGUUUGAAGAAUGCACGACCAUUGCUUCUACAUGUAUGCGCUUUUUCCGCAAAAACUUUUUACGUGAGGAAGAGAUCGGCGUCAUUCCUCGCGACGGAUAUAGGCUCGCGGAUACGCAAUCCCGCAAAGCUCUGCAGUGGCUGGUGUGGAAGGAGCGCGAGCUCGGCCGCAUCAUUGUUCACACGGGUCACGGGCGAGAACAUCGUCUCGUGGAAGUCGGAGGCAUUCCCGUCGACGGGUGUUACGAGACGGCGAACGGUGAGCGUCACGUGUUGCAAUACCACGGCUGCUUUUGGCACGGGUGUCCCGUGUGUUUUACAACGGAACGCGACAAACGUCUUUGCACGGGGAAACGCGAAGUGUACGACACGAUGAACUCGCAAUACGAGCGUACACUGACAACGUCAUGGCGUCUUCGCAAACGAGGGUACAUCGUGACGGAGAAAUGGGAGUACGCUUUUGAUCGCAAUACGCGGGAAAAUCGCGAAAUGCGAGCGUUUUUAGACCACUAUCCGAUGCUCGCGGCUAAACCGCUUUCACCGCGUGACGCGUUUUUCGGCGGUCAAACGGGAAACAUCGCGAUUUGGCGCGAAGUUACGGGUACGGAGAAAAUACGUUACGUAGACGUGUGUUUUCUAUACCCUUACGUGUUGAAAACCGGCGCUUUCCCGAUUGGACAUCCAAAAAUUCUUGUCGGACAAAAAGAGUGCGCCUCGCUCAUCGGGGCGAUGCCCGGUGUCGAUAUUUCCGCGGUCGAGGGGCUUGUGCGUUGUAGAGUGCUUCCUCCGCGCAAUCUCUUUCACCCUGUACUCCCGUACCGCGUGCAGGGCAAACUACUGUUUGCCUUGUGCCGCAGUUGCUGCGAAAACUUCUCGCAGACACAGUGCUUGCACGAAAAUCCGCGCGAUCGUGAAUUCGAAAGCCAAGAAGAGAGCGGAUGGCCGAGCAAAUGCGUGGACGACCAAUCUAAAGAACGAUAUCUUCGAGAAUACAAAGCAGUCGAGGGAAAAUUCGGGCAACGAUUGAACUUGACGAGUACCGAGGUGGUAAAGUCGCAGGAACGUCUCGUAUCGCUAUUGUCGAGCCCCGAGCACGAGGUAACCGAUAUAUUACCUGUAAGUGACGAGGUAAUAUAUGUUUCGUGGCGAAUGCGGGACGAGGCGGUACCCUCUCCGAUUACCAACGUGAUAGCGGCGUACACGACGGCACAGGCGCGAUUGAAACUGCACGAAUAUUUAGAACGUUUAGGCAAGCGCGUUUUUUAUUACAAUACAGAUUCGUGUAUUUAUGUGAGCAGCGGAGAACCCGGCAAAUACGAACCGCGUACGGGAAAUUUCCUGGGCGAUAUGACGGACGAGCUCAAAGGCUACGGACGUGAUCUAUCUGUGGCGGAAACAACAGCUGUGACUGGUAGAGAAAGGGAAGAGGAGGAGGACGAGGAAAUGAGAGAACUAUUUCACGACGCGAAAGAACCAAUGGACGCUUUGCCUCAAACAUCCUCUGUUUUACCAAAACAUUAUUCAACACCAUUCCCAGAUGGCACAGGACAUCUUUGGGACGUCCAU